GUAACUACUUUCAUUGCACAGUUGGGAUCACUGAAUCACGAAUUUGGAAUUGUUACGCUUUCAUUAUUAUCUUUUAAAUAUAUUUUUAAAUAUUAAUAAUUUAUAAAUAGUGAUAAUGUUUUCGCGUGCAAUAAAUAAGAUAUUUAGACGAUCAUAUUGUGAAAGAAUUUUAACAUGUCGUGUUUAUUCAUCAAAUACAUCACAACUAAAUACGGGCGAGGAACCUGAUCCGGCACCAAUAUUUUUUAAUCAGGAGACACAAGAGAUAUUGCAGUUAUUAACAAGAAUCGAUUAUAAGAAGGCUGUUAGAAAACGUUUGACUGGUAAAAGAUUACAAUGUCCUGAAUAUAAAUUUAUGACCGAUAAACAAUUAGAAGAAGCUUUGGAUCUUGGAAAAAAGAGAGCCCAUAAGCGUUUGCAAAUGCCUCCUGUAGUACAGACGAGAAAAGAAAUAAAUGUGAUAUUAAGUAAAGAUGAAGCAUUAGAGGGAUUUGAUACAAGUAAAUACGUUUUUACGGAUAUAAGUUUUGGUGUAAGAGAUAGGGAAAAAUUCAUAGUAAUUAGGGAAUUGGAUGGAACGCUUAGGUAUGCGAAAUGGGAAGAACGAGAAAGACUAAAUCAAGUCUAUAAUCCUAGAAGAGGAAAGGAAAUAGUACCUCCAAAAUUAUUUCAAGGAGAAUAUUUGGAGGAUUUAUUGAAGCGGGAAGUCUACGAAUAUAUAUUAGAUCGUGCUUGCAUUCAAUAUGAUCCAGACGAUCCAGAAUAUAAAAGGAUUACAGAGACAGUUUACGAAGAUAUAAAUAAAAAAAAGAAAUUCGAAUUUUUGAGAUCUACAAGACACUUUGGUCCUUUAGCAUUUUAUCUUGCUUGGAAUAAAAGUAUAGAUAAAUUGCUUUGCGAUAUAAUAGAAUUAGGAAAAAUGGAGGAAGCUGUGGCAUUAAUACGUCUCUAUCACAAGAUACAUCCUCAAGUAAAUUCAGCUACAACAAAGUGUGAAAGUGAAGAUCCUAUAAAAUUAAUAUUGCAUUAUGCAUCGUUAGAUUCACCUAUAGGUCCUUUGAUUAAGAAAAUUUUAGCAGCGUAUCAAGAAUUAGAGAGUGAAAGGCAGAAAGUAGCUGAAGGUAUUAAGACAUCUCAUGGUAUUAAUUCAGAUAAGUCAUAAUUUUUAAAUGUAUAAAUAAAUAAUGAACUAAAUAUAA